UUCCGGGAGAGAGGGACCGAAGUGGCUGGUGCACACGCAAGUAUCUCACCGUCUGCUGUGACAACAUAUGUCUCUGGGUCCACGGUGAUGUUCGGAAGCGCAUCAUUCAGCUUCAUGUCGAGUUUCGUGAGCCCCCUCACGUUCGAUACUGCUACAACCUUCUUCUUGAGUCCAUAUACUUCUUUAACCCCGUUUCUCAAGGCAGCCUGGGUUAGGGAAUAACCCAGAAGAGGACCACUUUAUGAUGGAAUUGGGGAUAAAGAGCCGUUAGGAACUUAGGACCAGUAUGGAACUACCUAUGGAUGACCUUCAAAGAGUAUACUCAUCCGCAACCAUGGACAAUGGUUAGGUAAGGGGGAAUUGGAUUUCCCUUAGCCGUUGC